UUUUCAUUCACCAGGAAGGAGUCGAAAACAGCAGGACCGCGGAGCGCGAUAGUUUGAUCACAUGAAAAGAUGGAUGAUCUGAUCCAGGAUCAGUCCAGGUGUGGAGCUUGUGAGCAGAUUCUAAGAGAUCCAGUCUUUGCCAACUGUGGACACAGUUUCUGCAGACAGUGCAUCAGUUUCUAUUGGGAUCAGUUGAGGCUAGAAGACUCUGACUGUCCUCAAUGCAGAAAGAGAUCCAGAACACAUCCUGCUCUACAGAUGCACAGAGUCUGUUACACACCAGCAGCCCUGCAGCAGGAGGAGACUGAAGGCCUGCAAAGAGCCAGAGACAAGCAUAAAACAAGCAUGAAGAAAAAGUAUGAGAGCUUAUUUGAGGGAAUCAAACUCCAAGAGAACGAAACCCUCCUCAACAGGAUCUACACACAGCUCUACAUCAUAGAAGGAGAGAGUGAAGGAGUGAAUGAAGAACAUGAGGUUUUACAGAUGGAGAAAACGGCCAAAACACAACAAGCACAAGACACUCCAAUCUACUGCAAUGACAUCUUUAAAGCCUCACCUGAAUCAAGAUGUGAGGAGAAAGACCAAAUCAAGGUUGUUCUUACUAAAGGCAUCGCUGGAAUUGGAAAAACUGUCUCUGUGCAGAAGUUCAUUCUGGACUGGGCCGAGGGAAACUCCAAUCAGGAUGUAGAUUUCAUGUUUGUGCUUCCAUUUCGAGAGCUGAACUUGAUUCGAGAUAAUCAGUACAGUCUUCACAGACUUCUGCUGGAUUUUUAUCCUGAACUUCAAGAUCUAGACUCACAGAUUCAUGAGAAGUGUAAAAUUGUGUUCAUCUUUGAUGGUCUGGACGAAAGCAGAAUUACACUGGUGUUUUCAGAUGAUCAGAAAGUGUGUGAUGUGACUGAGACUUCAUCAGUGGGUGUGUUGAUGUCAAACCUCAUCACAGGAGAGCUGCUUCCCUCUGCUCACAUCUGGAUCACCUCCAGACCGGCAGCAGCCAAUCAGAUCCCCUCCGAAUACAUCAGCCGUCUGACAGAAAUUCAGGGAUUCAAUGAGCUUCAGAAGGAGGAAUAUUUCAGGAAGAGAAUCAGUGAUGAGCAUCAAGCCAACAGGAUCAUUUCACACAUCAGAAAAGCAAGAAGCCUCCACAUCAUGUGCCACAUUCCCGUCUUCUGCUGGAUCUCAUCCACUGUGCUUCAGAAGCUCCUGAAAGAAGAUCUGAGUGCAGAAAUCCCUCAAACUCUGACUGAAAUGUACAUUCACUUCCUGCUGAUUCAGAUCAACAUAAGGAAUCAGAAGUAUGAAGAGAGAGAUACACAGAAACUCCUGCAGGCCAACAGAGAAGUGAUUGUGAAACUUGCUGAAGUGGCUUUUAAACAGCUGAUGAAAGGAAAUGUGAUGUUCUAUGAGGAGGACCUGAGAGAGAGCGGCAUAGACAUCAAUGAUGCCUCAGUGUAUUCUGGGAUUUGCACUGAGAUCUUUAAGGAGGAAUCUGUGAUUCAUCAGAGGAAAGUCUACAGCUUCAUUCAUCUGAGCAUUCAGGAGUUUCUUGCUGCUUUUCAUGUGUUUUACUGCUAUUUACGCAGUACAACGGAGACCCUUAGGAUGUUUGAUUCAAUGCAUAAUCUGCAUCAAGGGGCAAUAGAUAAAUCCCUUGAGAGUGAGAAUGGACACCUGGAUCUAUUCCUGCGGUUCCUGCUGGGCAUCUCACAGGAGUCCAAUCAGAGACUCUUACAGGAUCUACUGACACACUCAGAGAACAGCUCAGAGAGCAUCAGGAGAACCUCACAGUACAUUAAAGAGAAGAUCAAAGAUGGAGAAGGAUUCUCCACUGAAAGAUCCAUCAAUCUGUUCCUCUGUUUGCUGGAAGUAAAAGAUCAGACUCUGUCCAGAGAGAUUCAGGAGUUUGUGAAAUCAGACACACACUCGGAGAAGAAGCUCUCUCCUGCUCACUGCUCAGCAAUCGCCUACAUACUUCAGAUGUCAGAGGAGGUGCUGGAUGAGUUUGAUCUGAGGAAAUACAACACAUCAGAUGAGGGUAGAAGAAGAUUAAUACCAGCUAUGAUCAACUGCACGAAAGCUAUACUUACUGGCUGUAAUCUUACUGAUCAGUGUUGUGAGAGUUUAUCUUCAGCUCUACAAUCCACAAAUUCUGUCCUGAAAGAGCUAGACCUGACUAACAAUGACCUGCGGGACUCUGGUGUGAAGCUGCUCUCUGAUGGACUGAAGAAUCCAAACUGCCAGCUGGAAAUACUGAGGUUGUCUGGCUGUAUGGUGACAGAGGAAGGCUGUGGUUUUUUGUCUUCAGCUCUGAGUUCAAACCCUUUACACCUGAGAGAGCUGGAUCUGAGCUACAAUCAUCCAGGACAAUCAGGAGUCCAGCUGCUCAACAACAAACUGAACGAUCCAAACUGCUCACUGCAGAUACUCAAUGUGGAUCAUGGAGGAGAUUUCAGGAUUACAGCAGGACUACAAAAAUAUGCUUGUAGUCUCAAACUGGAUCCAAACACAGCAAACACUCAUCUGAUACUGUCUGAGGGGAACCGAAAGGCAACAUAUAUGGAAGAGCAGCAGUCGUAUCCUGAUCAUCCAGAGAGAUUUGAGCACCAUCCUCAGGGUCUGUGUGGAGAAGGUCUGACUGGACGCUGUUACUGGGAGGCUGAAUGGAGUGGGAGGGGCACAGAAAUAUCAAUGACAUACAAAGAUAUCAGCAGGAAAGGUGGAAGUGACUGCAGGUUUGGAUUCAAUCAAAAGUCCUGGAAUCUGAGCAGUUUUUAUAACAGACUCACAGUCUGUCACAAUAAUGACAGCACUGAAAUAUCAACCCCUUCAACCUCUAAUCGAGUAGGUGUGUAUCUAGACUGGUCUGCUGGUACUCUGUCCUUCUACAGCGUCUCUGACACACACACACUCACACAUAUACAUACAUUCAAGACCACAUUUACUGAACCCCUCUAUGCUGGGUUUGGGGUUUAUUAUGGUUCUCCAGUUUCUCUAUGUUAGACUGAACAAUACAGUUGGGGUGCUUGGACUCAUACUGUAAUUAUGAAUGAAUCUGAACUCAGACAGACUUAGGUGGACUUGGACUCAGACAUUUUGGGCGCAACAAAAUUAUGAUAAAAAGACAUUAAUAAACGUCUCCAACUCAAAUUCAGUCAGUUAAAGACUAAGUCUUGAAUUGGACGAGUCCAACUGGACAAGGUGGACUAUGACCCAACACAAACCUUAUAUAAGGAGAAAUAGAACGGCAACAAAAUGUUUUUUUUUCCUUCUUUUUAAAUUACUCUAGUAUUUUAUUUUUGCAUCAUCAUCCGGAUGACAUAUACAUACACCAACAGAGUCUUUAAUGACAUUACAGUUAUAACAGCUUCCACUCUUCUGGGAAGGUUUUCCAACAAGAUUGUGGACUUUCUGUGUGAAAGGCCUAGUUCACCAUCUCCGUUACAGUUCAUCCAAAAGGUGUUGGAUGGGGUUGAGGACAGGGCUCUGUGCAGGCCAGCCAAGUUAUUCUACACCAAACUCAUCCAACCUUGUCUUUACGGACAUUGAUUUGUGCACUGGGGCACAGUCAUGCUGGAAUAGAAAAGGGCCUUUCCCAAACUGUUCCCACAAAAAAAAGAAGCAUAACAUUGUCCAAAAUAUAUUAGUAUGUUUAAGCAUUAAUAUUUCCCCAUAACAUUAUUUCUCAUCCACCGAACUUUACAGUUGGCACAAUGUGGUUAGGCAGCUAAUGUUCUCCUAGCAUCUGCCAAACCCAGACUUGCCCAUCAGAGUGGCAAACAGAGAAGCGAGAUUCAUAACUCCACAGAACAGGUUUCUACUGCUCCAGAGUCCAGUGGUUGCAUGCUUUACACCAGUGGUCCCAACUCUGGUCCUGGGGACCCAUUACUCUACACAUUUUCUAUGUGUCUCUUAUCCAACACACUUAGUAGAGUUUCAUGGAGCUCUAUCCAAAUGAGUUGAUAAUCUGAAUCAAGGUGUUAAAUAAGGAAGACACAAAAUGUGCAGAGUAGUGGGUCCCCAGGACUGGAAUUGAGAACCACUGGGUUAGAUCACUCCAUCUGAUACUUGGCAUCGUAUUUAGUGAUAUGAGGCUUGCAUGCAACUGCUCGACCAUGAAAACCCAUUCCAUUAAGCUCCUGCUGCACAGUUUAUGCGAUGCAUGACAGUGGAUGUUUGGAACUCUUCAGUUCUAGAAUCAGCAGAGUGUUGGCAAUUUUUGUUCUCCAUGUCCCACUUCCCUCUGUGAACCGCUCUAUGGUUUUACAUGGUCUUCUGCUUCAUUGCAGCUGUUCUUAAAUCCUUCCAAUUUCUAAUAAUAACAUUUACAGUUGACUGUGGGAUAUCUAGCAGGAAAAAAUUUCACAAACUGACUUACUGCAAAGGUGACAUCCUGUUACACUAUGCUCGAAUUCACUGUUCUCUUCAGAACAACCUUUUCCCCCACAUAUGUUUGUAAAUGCAGACUGCAUUGUUUGGUGCUUGGCUUUAUGCGCUCAUGGCAAUGAUUCAGAUUGAAAUACAUGAAUUUAGCAAUUGAGAGGAUUGUCCCAAUACCUUUGUCCAUAUGUGUAUUGUUUUUCAGUAAUACUUUAUUUUGAUAGUCCCUUUUGAGCAUUCUGUUAUAUACAGUAAGUAAUGUUGCACCUAUAUGUCAACUAACUCUCAUUAGAGUAUGAGUAGACUGUCUGCUUAACAUCUGCUAAAUUUUUAUUCUGAUGGUUGCCCAGCAGACAUUCUACAGACCUGAGGUAACUUUGCAAGUAUGUCAACUUAUUCGAACCCUAACUCUACCAGUCUACUAAUACUCUACUCACACUAAUGAGAGUUAGAUAUGUAGGUACAACGCUACUUACAGUCAACAGAAUGUGUUAAAGGAACCAUCAAAACAACUUUUACUCUUUAAAUUAUUUUUCUUACUUUUUU